AUAAAAUAAUUCCACAUGUCGACUUUGUGUGAAGUAGUUCCUCUUGCUGACUUGUUGCUCAAUGUGAUUGUCUUAUCUCCUGUCUUUGUUGGUGUGUUUCAGGUGGAGUGGAUACAGCAGCAGGUGGUGAAGAGGAGGAUAAAGAGGGAUUACAAACCAAACCCGCCCCUUUCCCUGUCCAGCCCCGCCCUCAGCAGCCCGGCCCAGAACAACAUAUUCUACAAUGACGCCAAGUGGAGCAGUAUGUGGUACAUUCACUGCAACGAUGACGUCCACAACUGCCAGUCCGACAUGAACAUCAUGGGGGCGUGGAAGAGGGGCUACACGGGUAAAAACGUGGUGGUGACCAUUCUGGACGACGGCAUCGAGAGGAACCACCCGGACCUCUUUCAGAACUACGAUCCUCAGGCCAGCUUUGACGUCAACGGCAACGAUAUGGACCCCAUGCCUCGAUAUGACGCCACAAACGAGAACAAACACGGGACACGGUGUGCGGGCGAAGUGGCUGCAGCUGCAAACAAUUCCCAUUGCAUUGUGGGAAUUGCCUACAAUGCCAGAAUAGGAGGUGAGUGAUCAUUAAAUCUGUGUUAUUUGUAAACA